AUGGCCCGCCUCCUGCGCGGUGUCUGGGUAGCUGGGGUGCUCGCGGCGAUUGUCCUCACUUCGCCUUCGGCCAAUGCGGCAAGCUGCUACCAGUUCCUUACAAAAGAUGAUUAUCCUAGUUGCUUACAACUAGAUGCAAACCUUGUCCUUUACUGGAAGAUAAUAGAUAACCAGACGCUGGAGCUCGCGGCUGAUGGUGAUGGGUACAUGGACUGGAUAGCCAUCGGCAUUUCGGAGGCGGGUAUGAAGGGAGUGGACUAUAGUGUUUCAUACCUUCCUACCCAAGGCUCCUCAUGGCUCGUUGGAGAUUACUACACCACAGGUGACUUGACCCCUACCUAUGAUGAGGAACAGAAUAUUAUCAUGUCCACCAUGCCAGUGUUCGAUAAGGAUAAUCGCACAUUUGCGGCGAUUCAGCGUCCUUUGGACUCCUGCGAUGAUGAGGAUACUCCAGUCUACCUUGAUGUGGAACGGUCCAUUAUCUGGGGCUACAGCUGGAACACGAAUUGGGACCAAGCCAAGAACUUUCUGUUCACUAAGGGCAUCCUGCCGGGUGUACGGCUGUUCACAUCCGCCAACUCAACCGCAACCGUCGUCAACACCUCAAUCGACGCAACUGUAAGCGUUCCACAGGCGGCCUCGGCUCGCCUCGCCAUGCCCAAUUACCCCGUGCCACCCAAUUCCACCACCAUCGCCUGCGUCAACCUGGCGCUGCCGAACACAACCAAGUAUCACGUAGUACGGUACCAGGGCUUCGCCGCAACACCGAUGGUGGUCCGCAUGGUGGGCUACGUGUGCGCCGCGGGCGUCGUGCCGAAGCAGCCGUACGGAGUGCCGUAUGAUUGCAGUGCGGCCACAACGCUGCUGCCGGGGCUGCCAGGGACGCUGCCUCUGGGCUGCGAGACGCUCAACUUUGUGUGGGCGCCCGGUGCGGGGCCAUUCGAGGCCCCGCCGGAGGCGGGCUUCCUGAUCGGUGCAGAUGCCGCAACCAGCAUGGUGCUGCAGGUGGUCUAUUGGAACCCGGACGGUGUGGUAGGCCAGGUGGACUCGUCGGGCUUCAGCCUGGUGUACACGCCACAGCUGCGAAACGCCAGCCUGGGCGUCCUGACAGUGGGAAAUACCGACAUGCGCAUCCCGGCCGGCAACGACUCCUUCCAGGCGCUGCCCAACAUCUGCCCUUCGGACUGCACCGCGAAGCGGGUGCUGGCGCCUGUGACGCUCGUGUCUAACUUCUUCGUCAUGGGCGGCAUGGGUAAGAGCAUGCUAACGAGGCACAUCCGCAACGGUAGCGCCAUUAUGCCCGUUGGCCGCAUCAACUAUUGGGACCAGAAGUACGCGGGUUUCCAAGCCGUUUUUCCUGAGUCACGGACGCUGCUGCCCAACGACACCGUCAUUAGCGUGUGCACUUACGACAGCUCCAACGCCACCAAAAUGAUCUACUUCGGCUACGAUAAAGGCAGUGAGCUGUGCUUCAACUACAUCACCUUCUACCCCACGACCGCCAUGCCCGAUCUCGACUAUUGCAUCGCGCGCACCCGCGACAACGUGUCCACGUGCAGCACCAGGACUCGCCUGACGCCCUACGCUCAGAAGGCCACUAGUGACAUGUAUUGGAAUGGCACCCGGCUCCAAGUGGGCCCGCUCAGCAUUGCAACUUACAAGUCGCAGGAGUGCCAGUUGCAUGACGCACUUGUCGUAACGCCGCAGCGUGCGCCCAACACCAGGGCGGCUGUUGCAUCCAUUGUGCUGGUGCCGAUCGUCCUGGUGCUGGUGGGAGUUAUCAUCUGGACCAAGUACAGCAAAGAGGAGGAGAUGGAGCGGCUUCUGGAGCAGGCCCGAGCUGGAGUCCUCGACCCCCUGCCUGCGGACUGA